UGGGAACUCCGACUUCAGUGCGUUCGAGACAAUAGGGAUUUGAAAAAAGCGAGCUCCAGACGGUUCGAACGGUCAUCCAACUCGGAAUUCCAUGUCGGGAACUCGGGCCUCUUCCUAGAGCUUUGACUUUCCGAUCUGAAGAUCACUGACGUCCACAUGAGAAUUGCAGGAUGAGAGGAGGGGCGAGGAAGGGGUCGAAGAGGAGCCCGAAAUUGACUAUGAAAACCCGUUCCGUUAUAUGUUUUACAGCUUUACCUUCUCUCUCUCCCUCCCGCCUCUGCUCAUAUAAAAGAGACAGAAAAGAAUGGGCUGAUUUAGAACCUGUUCCACAAGAUGAUGGUCCUAAUCCUGUUGUGAAGAUUGCCUACUCUGACAAGUUCACAGACGUGUAUGACUAUUUCCGAGCGUUAUUGAAGAAUGAUGAAAAAAGCGACAGGGCAUUCACGCUGACGGCUGAAGCUAUUGAACUGAAUGCUGCAAAUUACACUGUAUGGCACUACCGGCGAGUAUUACUGCAGGCCCUGGAGAAGGACCUGAGAGAGGAGAUGAGGUACAUUACGGCCAUCAUUGAGGACCAGCCCAAAAACUACCAAGUCUGGCACCAUAGACGUAUGGUGGUGGAGUGGCUGAACGACCCCUCGGAAGAACUGGAGUUCAUUGCAGAGAUCCUAAGUCAGGAUGCUAAGAACUACCACGCCUGGCAGCACAGACAGUGGGUCCUCAAGGAGUACAAGCUGUGGGACAGUGAGCUGGAGUAUGUGGAGCAGUUAUUGGAGGAGGAUGUGAGGAACAACUCUGCAUGGAACCAGAGGCACUACGUCAUCUCUCACACAACAGGCUACUCAGACCCAUCCAUACUCAAUAGAGAAGUACAGUACAGUCUCAAACAGAUCAAGAAGGCUCCCCACAAUGAAAGUGUGUGGAACUAUUUGAAAGGGAUUCUGCAGGACCGGGGCCUGUCGUCCCACCCGGGUCUCCUGGAGCAGAUCCUGGAGCUCAAGGAGACCCACUGCUCGCCCUACCUGCUGGGCUUCCUGGUGGACAUCUACGAGGACUCCCUGGAGAACACCUCAGGAGACAAGGUGGAGGUCCUUAGCAAGGCCCUGGAGCUCUGUGAGCUCCUUGCCCAGGAGAAGGACACCAUCCGGAGGGAGUACUGGAGCUACGUAGGCCGCUCCCUGCAGACAAAAUACUGCUCUGGUGACCCUUCUACCACCAGCAGCGCCCCAGAAACUGACCGAGGAUCAGCCUCAGUCUCAGUUCACCAGGAGACCACCUGCAGUAGCUAAAAGAAGAAGACAUAGAACCCAAUGGGAGUCGAGGGAGCAACCGCUUUUAUUCAGUCUGCGUUUGUUUGGCAAUAGCGCAGCAUUACCACAUUGGUUAAAUAAAAUACAAAGAGAAAUAACAACAGAAACACUAUAAGCUUACUGUAAAAGAGAACUCACUGCAGAUAAGUAUUAUGACUUAGGAUAGAAGAUAUGAAUGCCUGCUGUCAUUGUCAUGUAUUAAGGUUUAUAGCCAUAGGUGAGCUUGUUUGGAUGUUGAUGACUUGAGUGUGUGCUAACCAAGAGUCUUAUUGCUGUGAAUGUUGGCUUUCAGAUCAUACUGUAUCUAGAGUAAUUAUGCUUGUUUUGGAUUUCUUCUGCUGUGCAGUACACAGGGAUAUUUGUAUGUGACACUGUAGCUAAGAACAUGUUGCUUCUUGCCUAAAAGCCCUUAAAAUAUCUCUGUGUAGAUAGAUAUAUAUUGCUGUCGUUGCCAAAACACUGUAUAACCAAACUCGGCAUUGCUGUAGGCUACAGAGUCUUUUGUACGCUAUAACUAAUUAUAUGGUUAUUCUAAACUGGAA